CUCCAGCUGCUGCAUCUCUCCCGUCAGCCACCCCAUCCAGCCACCCCUUCCCAUCACCCACCCGUAUCCCCACCCAUCGUCAUGGCCGCUGCCGUCGCAUCCCCCGGCGAAGAGAUCACCGCUGGCUCUUAUGUCGGAUUCGACUCCAUCACUCGCCAGAUCGAGCACAAGUUCUUGAAGCGUGGUUUCCAGUUCAAUAUCAUGGUGGUCGGACAAACCGGUCUCGGAAAGUCCACCCUCAUCAACACUCUUUUUGCCUCCCAUCUUGUUGACUCUAAGGGUCGCUUUGAGCCAGAGAUUGCUCCUCGCGCGACUACCGAAAUCGCUGCUCAAUCCCACGUCAUUACCGAGAACGGUGUCAAGCUUCGGCUCAACAUCAUCGACACCCCUGGCUAUGGUGACAAUGUCAACAACGAAGGAUGCUGGGAUCCCAUCGUCAAAUACAUCAAGGACCAGCACUCUGCCUAUCUCAGGAAGGAGCUUACUGCCAUGCGAGACCGACACAUCCCCGAUACCCGUAUCCAUUGCUGUCUCUUCUUCAUCAACCCCACAGGACACACUUUGAAGCCGAUCGACAUUGUCGUUCUCAAGAAGCUUUCCGACGUUGUCAAUGUCGUCCCCGUGAUCGCCAAGUCUGACUCCAUGACUCUUGAGGAGCGAGCGAUUUUCAAGGAGCGAGUCAUGGCCGAGAUGCAAUACAAUCAGAUCAGAAUGUUCCCCUUCGACUCUGAAGAGCUCGACGAGGAAGAGCUUACUCUCAACGAGCGGGUCCGGGAAAUGCUCCCAUUCGCGGUUGUCGGUUCUGAGCGAAGCGUCAUCGUUGACGGUAAACCUGUCCGAGGAAGGAAGAACAGAUGGGGUGUCAUCAAUGUGGAGGAUGAGGCGCACUGCGAGUUUGUCUACUUGCGAAACUUCCUUACCAGGACGCACCUUCAAGAUCUCAUCGAGACCACCGCUCAAGUCCAUUACGAGACCUUCCGAUCGAAGCAGCUUCUUGCCCUCAAGGAGUCCUCCACAAAAGCUCAACAAUCUUCCAUCUAAUUCUCUUCUACGUCUUUUUCAUAUCUUUACAGAAUCCUGGGCCCCUGUACCCUCUCAACCUCAACCUUCUUGUCUACUAGACUUUUCCUCAUCUGUCUUAUUACGCGCUUAAUGACCGUCAUGUGAAGUAUUGACCCUUUCUCUGCGUCAUCAGUCGAAUGAGCGGCCCGCAGCAUCAUGAGACACCCCGAAGCCACCUGUAUGUCAGACGAUGAUCAGCUGUACGCAUACUGCUAUCACCUGCUUCUCACGUGAUAUGGUAGACAGUCAAGGCAGGAAUGCUCUUGAUUUUGCCCGAAAAGAUCUUGGAGCGCUGGGUUAUGCUUGAUCGGCGAGACGCGCGAAGGCCGAAUUACGUCCAUCAAUU